AUGGAUUCGGCUAGGAGUUGGUUAUCCAAGUUUCAACCGCGAGAUAGACUGAGAGCUUCAACGAGGAAGAAGGACGACGUUAUGGGCGGAGGCGAGGAUUCUGAUGCGUCUGUUGAUGAUGAGAGUCUUUCCAAUGUUACAAAGCAGAAGGUAGCGGCUGCGAAACAGUAUAUUGAGAACCAUUACAAGGAACAGAUGAAGAGUCUUCAAGAGAGAAAGGAGCGGCGGACCAUCUUGGAAAAGAAGUUGGCUGAUGCUGAUGUAUCCGAGGAAGAUCAAAAUAACCUACUUAAAUUUCUAGAGAAGAAGGAGACUGAAUAUAUGCGUCUUCAGAGGCAUAAAAUGGGUGUUGAGGAUUUUGAGAUGUUGACUAUGAUUGGAAAAGGCGCGUUUGGGGAGGUUAGAGUCUGCAGGGAAAAGACUACCGAUCAUGUAUUUGCAAUGAAAAAGCUAAAGAAAUCAGAAAUGCUUCGGAGAGGCCAGGUUGAACAUGUCAGAGCUGAGAGGAAUCUCCUUGCAGAGGUGGACAGCAAUUGCAUAGUUAAACUUUAUUGUUCUUUUCAGGAUGAUGAUUAUUUAUAUCUUAUAAUGGAGUAUCUACCGGGAGGGGAUAUGAUGACUCUACUUAUGAGAAAGGAUACAUUGACCGAAGAUGAAGCCCGAUUUUAUGUAGGAGAAACAGUUCUGGCUAUUGAAUCUAUACAUAAACACAAUUAUAUACAUAGGGAUAUUAAGCCUGAUAAUUUAUUACUGGAUAAAUACGGGCACUUGAAACUAUCAGAUUUUGGAUUAUGUAAACCGUUAGACUGUAGUACACUAGAAGAAUCAGAUUUUUCUAAUUGUCAGAAUGCAAAUGGAACUGGACAAAGUGAUGAUCGUGCAGGUCCGAAACGUACACAACAAGAACAGUUGGAAAACUGGCAGAAAAACAGGAGGACACUUGCUUAUUCUACUGUUGGUACACCAGAUUAUAUUGCUCCUGAAGUUCUAUUGAAGAAAGGUUAUGGGAUGGAAUGUGAUUGGUGGUCACUUGGAGCUAUUAUGUAUGAAAUGCUGGUGGGAUAUCCACCUUUUUAUUCUGAUGAUCCAAUGUCAACAUGCAGGAAGAUAGUAAACUGGAAGUCUCACUUGAAAUUUCCUGAAGAAGCAAGGCUAUCUCGGGAGGCCAUAGAUCUUAUAAGUAAGCUGUUGUGUAAUGUGAGCCAGAGACUGGGGUCAAAUGGUGCAGUUGAAAUAAAGUCUCAUUCAUUCUUCGAAGGUGUUCAAUGGGAAAAGUUGUAUCAAAUGGAAGCUGCAUUUACUCCUGAAGUCAAUGAUGAGUUAGAUACUCAAAACUUUGAAAAGUUUGAAGAGGCUGACAGCCAGACUCAUUCAUCAUCAAGAGCUGGUCCGUGGAGAAAGAUGCUUUCAUCUAAGGACUUUAAUUUUGUGGGAUACACAUACAAGAACUUUGAAAUUGUAAACGACUAUCAAGUUCCUGGGAUGGCUGAACUGAAGAAAACCUCCAAACCAAAGAGGCCAUCUGUCAAAUCGCUGUUCGACGGGGACUCGGAGAGUUGUGAUGUGUCUGAUAUUUCAGAUGUGUCUGCAAACAAUCAACCUGCUUAA